AUGAUGGAUUCGUUUUGCAAGUUGGAGGAUGAUCAAGUAUUUGGCAAAGAAGAUAACUCAUUUUGUUUCCUAAACAACUCAUCACUUUACUCUUCUCAUCAAAGCGAGUUAGCGAAUCUUUUCUACGACUUGGAAGAUAACUUUCUUCCUUAUACCACCAACUCUAGUAAUUAUCUUCUUUCUCCCUCAAGCUUUAUGGCUUUACCUGAUCUUGAACCCAUCUCCAUCGUUUCUCAUGACGCAGAUUUGCUUAGUGGGUACGGUUCUGUUUCAUGGACCGAAGAAGAGUCGAUGUUCGAUUUUGAUUUGGAGAAAAAGAGUGAAACCAUCUCCACCAAGACGAAGAGAUGCAGAGAAGAAUGCGUUUCUAGCUGUUCUGUUUCAAAGACAUUGUCGAAAGAAAUCAUCUCAUUGUACUUCUACAUGCCGAUAGCUCAAGCAGCUAAAGAGCUUAACAUUGGUUUAACUCUUUUGAAGAGGAGAUGUCGCGAGUUGGGUAUUCAACGCUGGCCUCACCGUAAGCUCAUGAGCCUACAAAAACUCAUCAGUAAUGUUAAGGAGCUGAAGAAGAUGGAAGGGGAAGGAAACGAAGACAAGCUAAGAAACGCUUUGGAAAAGCUCGAGAAGGAGAAGAAACUGAUUGAGGAGUUACCACAUUUGAAGUUUGGGGAUAAGACAAAGAGGUUGAGACAAGCUUGUUUCAAGGCUAACCAUAAGAGGAAGAGAAGACAUGUCAUGUCCACGUCCAUCACUUCUUCUUAUUCUUCUUCCUCUUCCUCUGUUUCCGGUUUGAGUGAUAGUUGA